AUGCAUCUGAUGUACUAUGGUCAUCAAUUGGGACUUCAUUGUUCCACCAACUUGUGUCAUAGUACGACUCAUAUAUUACGGACAUUUUGCAAGCUUUUUUAUCCAGUCCAGGUUAUAAAUAUUCAACAAAUCGGAGUAGGGACAGCACUACGUUGGACCAAUAUGUUUCCUGAAAUCGACUGUCGUAUAAUUAUCGCUGACGGCGAUGGUACAGUUUCGUUAUCUCUGGAUGCUAUUAACGAAUUGCAGCGGAAAUUACCCGUAGCUGUAUUACCAUUGGGUACUGGUAACGACUUGAGUAGGACUUUAGGAUGGCGUCCGUCAUAA